UAAAAUAUAACAAGCUUUUGGUUUCAGGUAAUUACAAACGUGGAAGCAGAGAGAAGGGGAAUGGAAUAUGAUAGCGAAGGAAUAACUUAUUUAUUUGAUCUUGAUUAUCAUGAAACAGACAAUCCGAUGACUGUUGAUGCUACAAGAUUUGGAAAUGUUUCGCAUUUUAUUAAUCACUCGUGUGCUCCAAACCUUCAAGUAUACAAUGUAUUCAUAAACAAUAUGGAUCUCUCCCUACCUCGAAUUGCACUGUUUGCUAGGAAAAAUAUCAAUGUCAAUGAAGAACUUUCGUUCGAUUAUCAAAUGACUGGAGCAUCAGAAGAUAUGCAAGAUCAGGCUUCAGAAGAAAUAAGUGAUCGUCAGAGCGAAGUGUCAGAUACUUCGAAAACAUCAUCAAUUCUAAAGAAAAAAUGCCUAUGCAAAGCAAGCAAUUGUCGAGGAUGGCUUGUAAUGUAGUUUUUAGUCACAAGUAACACUUAUGUGUGAGGAUUGCAUUAAAUUAAUGUGAGGUGCCAAAAAUAUAAGGAAAAAAGAUACCUUCAGAUUCUAUAUAUUGCCUAUACUGACAAUAUGAUAAUUCUUUGCAGGGGCAAAUGAAGUCGUUUAUUUCUUGCAUAGUAUAGGAUCAUUACUUUUUUAGGUAAAGAUUACAACAAUUGGGAAAAUGUUCAUAUGAAUGUCGUAUACUUCACUACACCAAUAAUCUAAUGUCUUUGACUAAAGUUGGUUUUCAUAAACCAGGGUCUGAAUUACAGUACCUCAAUUUAUCCGUCUUCAAUAAUAAUUUUCUAAAUGAUUAAAGCAGGGGUGUGCACUCGCGUGCCACAGCUUGGUUCAGCAAGCCAUUUAGUGUGGCCCUUAUCAACACUCAGAUUUUUUCCCAACAAAUAUAAAGUCUUAAUCCGACAGUUUAUGAUUAAAAAAGCGCUCACAUUUAGAGCUCGACCGAUAUAUCGGCCGCCGAUAUUGUGUGUUUGCUGAUAUAUCAUAUCGGUCGUAAACCGCCGAUAUAUAUCUGCCAUACUCGGCAAGCGUCGGGCUGCGUGCUGCGACGGCUCUCGCCCCUGGGUAUAUUUCUCUCGCUUUCAAUUUGCAUUAUAACGGUGUCUCUCCUAAUUCCCGGUGUCUUAUGAUUAGCCAGUUCAUGCAUGGUCAUAACUGAAAAGUUAUUAUCUGAAGUAACAAUGACGUUUUAUAAAGUGACGUUUUUGAGAGAGUACACAAUGAGAAGAAGGCAAAUUUAGUAACAGCAUUAAACGGUGGUUCUAUAAAUAGAAUCCAUUGGAAGCUGACGAGUUAGUAAUCAUCGAAACAUGGUACAGGUAGCUCAAAGCAAUAAUGUCAGUUCCGAAUCCCCAAAUUCAAUUUUGAAUUUCUGGGGUAACAGUUUUGUCUAUAUUGAUGGUUGUUUAUCAUUUUGCUGAAAAUUACAAAAUAAAAACUUAAUGCAUUAUUAUUGACUAAAUAAGGUAUUGAGAGUCUAUGGAAACAAAGUUAUUAAAAAUUCCACAUGUAACUGCACAUAUGCUAUCACAAUAUUGAAGGAUCAUUAUCACGAUUCAUUUUAAAAUAUAUCAAUUUAUAAUUUUUCAAUACCCUUAACAUAUGUCCAUAGUUAUAUUUAAAAACGUCUGAUUAACAAUUCUUUUUCUUGGAAAUAGCUAGACUGAUAUUGAAGUAGCAGGAAAAGUUACAGAAGAACAUUUGUUCGAGCAUUAACUGAAGUUAGUUAAAUAAAAGUCGUACUGCCAUGAUAACAAAUAUCAAAAUGAAACUACAGACUCACAAGGUGCAUCAUAAAAGUGUGGCUCAAAAUAUGAUUUAUACUAAUAUCGGUUAUCGGCCACCAGUUGGCCGAUAUAUCUUGAGAUAGAUAUAUUUUGACGCCGAUACUACAGUUGGCCGGUAUCGGCGUCAAAAAGUGAUAUCGGUCGAGCUCUACUCACAUUGUUAAAAAGACAUAAUGAUUUUAGCUCUUGUCGUCGUGUUAAAUCUUUUUUCUGUUGCCUUUUCUACUGGGAGGGUUAGCGAUAGCCGCAUUCUAUUCUCUUGCCUUUUCCCCAGCGCUCUGGUUGUCGCUAAUUUUUUAAUUCAUUUUGUACAUGGUUGCACUCCCCUAGAUUAAAGCCACAACUAAGCUGUUUUCCUGACCAUUAUGUCUUGAACUGCUUGUAAUCAACUGGUAUUUACCAGCACAAAAUCAAUCAUUGAGUCUUUUUUUUCUUUUGAGUGAUCUUACUUCUCAUAAAAGAUACAAAAUCCUUAACUAUUUUUAAACACUGUCUAACCACUCGAUAUAUAAAAAUAACUUGAUUUAAGUUCCUACUUUUGGAUGGGCAUGCAAAUAUGUUAUCGUACCUAAUGUCUUUUUUGUUUCACCUUUUAUACUGCCAUGUAUCAAAUGGCAUUUGUUACCAUUGUAAACUGUAUACUAUAUCUCCCAACUUGGACUUAUCUCUUUCAAAAACAGCCGAUUCUUCGCAAGGUUUUGACGAAUAAGUUUUUAUGAAUUUUAGUUUGAUCUAUUGUGAAUGUUAUGCUUUAUCAAGGAGGAUCAUUGAUUAUAUUUUGUUUGAAGUGGCUGUUAUGCAACCAUAGCCAGAGAUUUUUACUCACAUAAGUUAUUGCUAUGUAAACUUAUUCUUUUUAAAAAUCAAAAAAAAUUCUGUGUAAUUUACUUCCUUCCAACACGCUGUUAUCAUGAAUUGUUAUUCUCAAAAAAGUUACAUUUGAAGACCUGAAUAAAUACUAUUUCCACACAGAUAUCACAAAAGGUUUGGAUUUUAAUUUUGCUAUUUAUUCUCAAUCAUGCAUGUUUAAGUAUUCCAGGAUUAUUGUUAUAUGUUUACUCCUGGGACUAGGAUUUUUUCUUUACUUGUUUCUAUUUCUUACCAUGUGUUUGUAAUAGUUUUAGGUACUAGGUGUAGACUUAUUUGUAAGAUAAGACUAUCAGUUAUACAAUUCAUGUUUAGUGAAUUAUUUUCUCUACUGCCAUAUUAUUUAACUGUUUUGUUUCUAUUUUUAUUCAAUCCAUAUGUUGUUUGGUCGAAAAGUAACUGAUCAUAUUUGUAAUUCUGGAUGAAUAAUUAGUUAUUUAUUCUUUGUUUUGAAUUUUUUUAUCAGGAAAAGUGUCUUCUAAUAGUCAUGUGUUCAAUGGGCUCGGCUACUGAUUGAUUCUUUUGAAGUUUUUUAUUUUUAUGAACUGCAAAGAUCAUCUAGUUCAAUUUUUUUUGUUGUAGUUUGAUGUUCUUUUUACUUUGCUGUUUUAUCUUCAGUUUUUCUAGGGUAUAGUAAGUGCAAGUCUUAUCAUGGCCGUGUAUUCUCUGUGAAUUCAUCAUCUUUUAUUGAAAGAGCUGUAAUUAUUCUUCCAUCAGGCCUCUUGUUGGAAGUGUUGUGCUAUCAGUAGACUUGAUAUGGUUCUGUUCGGUAUUUGCCUAGUGAUGUUGUUAUGAUUCCAUAACAUUUUGAGAAAUGUUCCUCCAUUCAAAUAUUUAUGGAGUGUAGGUAGAUUCAAGGAGUCAAGGCCUGGGAAGCCAAACCAAAAUAACACAACAUUUGUCCUGCAAAUUUGAGGCUAAUUCAUGGAUUUUGUUUUUAUUUUUCCAUGAUAUGUUGAAAUCGGCAUAUUUAGUCUUUCUAUGUUAACACAAAAACUUAUAGGCCUUUAUAACUUUGCAUUUUUCAAUGAAAACCAACAUUGAAAUGAAGUUGUUGAAUUUG